GAUUAAGCUUAUGAAAUGAUGCUGUACAGAAGGCGUCGAGGUAUUGAUAACUUCAGUAAGAUGAGAGCUUAUUUGAAGCUGGGUGAUUCCAAAGGAGAUGAGGUUCCUGAAGAUACCAUCAAAGCUGUUGCUGAUACUCUCCGUACCUCUUCUGCUCUCAAGGUUUCUGAAGAUGGGAAGAAGGUUGGUAGGAGUACAGAGUUGUUGAAGCUUGAAGAUUUGAUUGAACAGCUUAACGCUAGAACUGUAGCUGCUUCACCGUUCUCGUACGAUGUUAAAAGGGAAGACGUGGAAGCCUUUUUCAGUCAGUACGGAAAGGUUAAUAGUGUGAGGAUGCCUCGUCAUGUAGCAGAGACGAGAGUGUUUUGUGGUGUUGCCUUGGUUGAGUUCCCUACUGAAGAGGAUGCUCAGAAUGUUAUGAAGCAAAGUUUGGUUUUUGCUGGGCUUGAGUUGGAGAUGAAACCAAAGAAAGAGUUUGAUGAUGAUAGAGAGAAAGAUGAAGAAAAGUUUGCUAACUACCGUCCUCAAAAGGCUUCUGCAAAUCAGAAGAACGGUUCUGAACAUAGGAACGGUUCUGAAUCCGAGGCAAACUAUCCCAAGGGUUUGAGUCUGACCACAGUCACUUGCAUGCAUCCCCUAUUUCAGGCAACUUAGAGGUUAGCUGCUUUGGAGAUGAUUCAAAUUCCGACACUGGGGAUCACUGGAAGUUUACAAUCGAAGGUAGUGGAAAGACAUGGAAACAAGACCAAAGAGUCAGGCUUCAACACAUUGACACUAGUGCCUACCUCCAUAGCCAUAAUACAAGAAUCAGGCUUCAACACAUUUAAUAUUUUUUAAUUCUUAAGGAUUCCAUAUUGGGUAACACCAUUGCACAUACAUUUUAGAGUAAAGUUCUUAACUAUUCAAAAAGCAAAAAAAAAUUAUAUUAUAUUGCUAAGGACUCCAAUGGUGGGUAACACCAUUGGAGUUGCUCUAAUCAUCUUAUCUAGUUGUAGUUUUUCAUAUAUGCAGCUGCAGAUUAUUAACUUUUUUUUUUUGAACUUAGCUUUCAAUUAAAAUGCAGAAAUGAAAAAAAAACAUUACAGUCAUAAGCUAUGGUUUUGUUUAAGAGCCCAUCAAGCCCAGUUACACUUAAAACACAUAAUAAAGAUCAUUAAGACCCAAAUGGCCCAUGAGAGAGGGGAAGGAGUUGAUGAUGACGAGUAAAAACGUAGCAGAGAGAGAUCAAGUCGGAGGUGGUGAAGAGAGGGAGCUUAAGCAAGCCACUGCUGCAUCAAUCGCGAUGAGGAGGAGGGGUUUGAGUCUCUGAACGAGAGGAUCCUGUCCUUUAUUUGUCUAUCAAGAUUCCUCGCAAUUGAAUCUGUAGAAUGGAAGGUUUGACGGUGGAGACGAGCGUUACGUUCCAUCCAAAUCCAGUAAAUACAUGCCUGCCAGCACAGUCGGAUAAGCAUACCUUUGGUUGAGUUCCUUCCAGUCGAUUAAAUCUGAGUCAGGACCCGAGCCCAAGACCUCUCCGGUUGAAUCCCACAUCGUGGUGCUAGGGAUCCCCAUAACCUCCAAGAAUAAGGGCAUAUGAAGGAUAAAUGAUCACGACUUUCAUCGGAUUGAUUACAGAAGAGGCAAGUGGGAGUUGUCUGAUGGCCCCAAUGGAUAAUUCUGUCUUUAGUAGGGCAACGGUCCAGAGUGAAUAACCAGGAGAGAAAGCUAUGUCUUGGAAUUCCGCCCUUAUUACAAACUGUGGCGAACCAAGGAGGCAAAGACCAGUUGUUGUUACUACACAGAGAGGACAGCGUUGCUUGGUCUUGAAUGCCUAAUGUUGAGUUUACUCCGCUGCUCAGGUAGGACUUUAGUGAGCCGAAAGGUGACCAAUUGUAACUCCAGAACCGACAGGAUAGGCCAUUCUGAACUCGAAGUUUGAUCCAGCUGUAUAUGGAGGAACUGAGCUUUAGGAGCUUGAUUACCUGCCACGAGUAUCGCCGGUUAGGGGGCGUGGUCCAAAGGUUGUUUAGGGACCAAUGUAACACUUCUUCAAUGAACCACGCAAUCCACACUGAACCCGAUUGGAAGAAGAGAAGCCAUAUCAGUUUGAGACAGCAUGCUUUAUUCCAAAUAGCUAGGUUCUUUAUUCCCUGUCCUCCUUCACGUUUAGGUUUGGUUACAACUACCCAAGAGACUCUUGCAGUAUGGUGUUUGUCAACGUCUCCCUGCCACAGAAACACUCCACAGAGAGAGUUUAUACGCUUCACACAUGCCUGGAAGAGGAUGAAAGUGGAACACCAAAAAAUUGUGAUGCCUGUGAUUACAGUUUUUAUGAGCAGCAACCUAUCCACAAAAGACAAGGCUUUUGCACUCCAUGAAGAAAGCCUUGUUUUUAUUUGUUGAAGCAGCACCUCAGAGUUCAAGAGAGACAGUUUCCCCUUGUGCACAGAUUAUUAACUUGAUACUCAGAAUUAAUGUACAUUUCCAAUAUUUCUACUUACAUACAAAAGUUAUCUAUUGUUCCAA